ACCGCCUCCUUUAUCUGACCAAACAGACGACGCUGGAGGCGAGAAAUUGAGUGAUCAUUCGCGGGAGAAAUAACAGAAGUUCGAUCAAGCAGAAGAAGGAUGUCAGGAAACGGUUCGUAUGGCACGUCAUGGGCCGAUCAAUGGGAUCACAAUCCAGAUCCGUCGCCUGCUGCUGAUUACAAUAAGAAAACCAGUGGCGGAGGGAUGGCUGGAAAAUACGGGAAGAAGAUGGGAGAAGGAUUCGGGAAGACGAAAGAGGUGGCUGCGACUGGUGCUAAGAAGGUGAAACAGGGCACUUCUGUUGGUCUUCAAUGGAUUAAAGACAAGUAUCACAAAACCACCCAAAAACACUGAUCGUUCGUUCGUGUGUAUGUAUAUGUGUGUAGGGGUUUGGUAUGCGCAUGUUAGUAUUUCAACUUUAGGUUGCGCACGCCGACUAUGUCUAGAUGUAGAUGGAUAUCCUGCUUGAGUUUUGGAGAUCAUGGUUUGUUUCAGCUACCUCCCAAUGUACCAACUACCCCUUUCAUCUUUGUUCAUAAUAUAAUAUAGUCCAUCUGGUUUCUUCUUUA